UCAAAGAGUUUGCUUAGGCAGAUAGAAUGGUUUUGUCCUGACUUUUGGGGAGAUGAAAUGUUGCUUUUAAAUAUUCAGCGUUUUGCUAUGACACAUUAGUUGCUUUUUAUUAAAAGUUAUCCCCUUGUAUAAUUGCCAUAACUAAACUGUGCCACUUAACCCCAUGAAACUUAUUACUCUGUACUGUGCAGUUAAGGACAUUAUAGUCAUACUAUUCUGCUUUUUAUAAGGACCCAGGGGAGAAAUUUUUCAUAGGUUUCUGUCCAGAACAGCUGUGAUUCUUCCAAGCAGCAGAUUUGUUUUUUGACUUCAGGACAGUGGAAUCAUUUAACCACUUGUUUUCUAUUUGGUGAUGGCUGUUUGGUAGCCCAAGAACCGAUUUUAUAUAUUUCUGUCAAAAAAUGAAGGACCAAUGGCUUGCAUUGGAAUGCUAACCUUGUGCAGUAUUUUCACUUUGUUUUUCCUACCACGGUUUUCCCCUUACCACUGAAUGAAUUUAAUUUUCUUAUGUAUUUGUUAGCCUUCAUGAACAGUAUUUUAGAAUGAGACAGAACCUACACACUGACAAUCUCUGCGCUUCUGAGAAUUACAGGUUAGACUAUGCAAUACCCUCAGAAAAUCAGGAGAUUGACAAUCUCUGCGCUUCUGAGAAUUACAGUUGAGAUUACAGACAUCCUGCCAGAAUGCUUUCUUCAAAGCCCAGACUUGUCGUACCCUAUGGCCUCAAGACUCUACUCGAGGGAGUUAGCAGAGCUGUUCUCAAAACCAAACCAUCAAACAUCACCCAGUUUGCAGCGAUUUAUUUUAAAGAACUUAUUGUAUUUAGAGAAGGGAAUAAUUCUCUGGAUAUAAAAGAUCUGGUUAAACAAUUUCAUCAGCUUAAAGUAGAGAAGUGGUCAGAAGGAGUGACACAGGAGAAGAAAUCAGAACCAGAACGAACACCUGUAGUUUCCCAAGAACCUACACGGAUGGAAAAAUCCACGGACACAGAGGAGGAUAAUAUAUCUGCACCACAGUUUAGCAACAAGACCACCCAGUUUCCAUCAAUUAAUACUGAGUGCCCACAGACUGAGGGGACAAGCGAAGCAGUUCGUGGUCCUUCUUCCAAACCAGUCACCCCCAAGACUACCACUCCACCCUCAUCACCAUCUCCAGCAGCUGUCUCAGCAGAGUUUGCCUAUGUCCCAGCUGACCCAGCUCAGUUUGCCACUCAGAUGUUAGGUAAUGUUUCAUCUAUUCAUUCUGAUCAAUCUGAAAUUUUAAUGGUGGACGUGGCAACAAGUAUGCCUGUUCUUAACAAGGUACUGAAGUCAGAGAUUGCUGAAGAAGUCGUGGGGACUGCUCCUCCGGAGUGUUCUGGAGAGCCAGUACAGGUAGAUGAGGACUAUGAGGCUGAACUACCAACGGCUUUCUCAAUCCCCUUGCAGGCUGAACAACAUCCUCCUGCUUAUGAUCAAGCUCCUAAGGUCCCUUUACAGGCUGAUGAUCGGGUUACAACAGCCCUUCGUAUAUCAUCUAUAUAUAACAAUCAGCCUGUCGCUGAAGGAAUUAUCUAUGUUGAGCAAAUACCAGAACAUAUAGUUAUCCCUUUUACUGAUCAAGUUGCUUGUCUGAAAGGAAAUGGGCAAUUACCAUCAGUUAGUCCCAAACCUGUGCAGUUGAAGGAGGAUGAAAAUUUUGACUCCUCAAUAAAUAUGGAGGCAGAAGCUACCUUUCUGCUCUCCGACAGCUAUUUGGAAGGUUACCCUAAGGGACCUGCAGAAUCCCUGGAUGCAGAGGGCUUUAUCAAAAUAGGCACUGAACAAUCUCUGCAUGUUGAAGUGGAGAUCACUUCCAGAGACUUUGGGCAGCAGACGUCACUGGAGAACUUGCCCUCGGGGUACACUGCAGAAGUGUAAGAAAUCUAGUGGCCCCUUCCCUCGUAUUCCAGAAGGUCUUACUCAGCCAGAAACCGAACUCGAGGGGGAAGCAGUACCUGAACAGGUUUGAUGAGGCCAGCACUAGCAACAAGCGAAGCAGGACAACCACCACCAUAUUCUAACAUGUGGACCCUUUACUGUCUAACUGAUAUGAAUCAACAAAGUCGCCCAUCACCGCCACCAGCACCUGGGCCUUUUCCCCAAGCAACCCUCU